UAGUUAUCACUACUUAUUAGUUAUCAAUAUUUUUCAAAAACAAGGAUUGGUAAACAAAUGAGCAAUUUUGAGCGCAAUUUUCAUCAUUUUGAAAAUUUUAAUAGACUUUUUAAUUGCUUGCGCCUGUUUAUUACAAUAAUACCAUUAUAAGUUUUUUUCCAACUUUCCAGGAGAGUUUUGUGUGUCCAGCUGACCUCAUCGUAUGCAUCUUUAGUCCUUCUUAUUAACAUUUUCGAAAGCUGCUUGAGUCAGCAACUCAGCAGAGUCAUUUGAUGAAACCACAAUCAUAACAAUGACCAAAAAACUCGAGAAGAAAGUCAAAGCUCUAGAAGAUAGAAUUGAAGCCUUGGAAAACAUUAUAAACAAGAAAUCUCCUAAGAAAGAGGCCAACGAAAAACUCGAAAGAAUCCAACAUAAUGGAGAAGUUGAAAGUUCGUUGUCGAAAUCAGCUGAUUAUAAAGUCAAUAUGUCCAGCAGUGAUAUUCGUGAUCCGAAAGAAGACGAAGACAUCACGUUUGUGGAUAUACUAAUGAACAAAAGUCUGUUUUUGGAGUUCAUCACGAAAUUGAUCUUGAUAUGUAGCGCAAUAAACGUUUGUGUAAUGCUAUGUUUAUAUUUCAAUGACCGAAAACGAUUCGAUGAAAUCAGAGGAAAUAUUACGGAAUUUAUGACUAAUGUUUCAUCUGUUAUACAUAGUUUCGCGAAUUUAUGAUAGGUAUUUCGAAAGUUUAUAAAAAUUUCCCAAAACAUGUUAAAAACACUGUAGAUAUAUGUAAAUUGAAUUGAUGUAUAUUGUAUUCGAAUUUGUGGUUUUUCAACAUUAUAUUCAAUAUUGUCUAUAUCGAA